GAGGGGGCGCUGUGGAACCGCAGCUCACCGAGGAGGCCGCAGAAGAAGAAGUGUCAGUAUUGUAAACACAGGGAUAUGGCUGACGAGAGGGCAGGAGACGAAGACAACAUCAACGACAACAUGGGAAACCAGCUACAACUUUUACCAGACAAUGAGGAAGAGGAGGAUGAAGAUGGCAUGGAGACUGAAGACCGAGACAGUGAAGAUGCAGAGAAGCACAACAUCAUCACCUUUGACCAAAGUCUUCCCACAUCCCAUGCUUAUCUGGGUGCAGACAUGGAGGAGUUUCACGGCCGCACAGUCCAUGAUGAAGACAGCUGUCAGACCAUCCCUGUGCUGCCACACACGGCUGUGAUGCUGGUGCCGGGACAGACGCUUCCUCUUCAGCUCUUCAGGCCACAGGAGGUCAGCAUGAUGAGGAGCGUCAUCCAGAAAGACCGCACAUUUGCUGUGCUCGCACACAGUGAUGCAAGUGAGCUUGAUGCAGAGUUUGGGACGACAGCUGAAAUCUAUGCGUACCGGGAGGAGCAGGAGUACGGUAUUGAAACAGUCAAAGUGAAAGCUGUGGGGAGGCAGAGGUUCAAGGUCCAUGAGAUAAGAACUCAAGCAGAUGGGAUCAGACAAGCCAAAGUACAGAUCCUUCCAGAGCGAAUCCUUCCAGAUCCCCUGUCUGCCGUGCAGCUCACGCCCCUCACCAGGCUCCACAUGCACCCUUCUUCCAAACCCACAAACCAGAGCUGCAAAAAGUCCCAGUGCUGGUGGACUAAAUAUCAACAGAGGAAGUUUCACUGUGCCAGCCUGACGCCGUGGCCGCCCUGGGUCUAUGCACUCUAUGACUCUGAGUCGCUCAUGAACAGAGUGAAGAAACACCUCCACGAAUGGGACGAGAAUCUGAAGGAUGAUUCCCUCCCUACGAACGCCGUAGACUUCUCCUACAGAGUGGCGGCCUGUCUGCCCAUAGACGAUGCUCUGCGACUCCAGCUGCUGAAGAUAGGCAGCGCCAUCCAGAGACUGCGCUGUGAACUGGACAUCAUGGACCGGUGCACGUCCCUGUGCUGUAAGCAGUGCCAGGACACAGAAAUCACCACCAAAAACGAGAUCUUCAGCUUGUCUCUGUAUGGCCCCAUGGCGGCGUACGUAAACCCUCACGGUUACGUCCAUGAAACCCUGACUGUCUACAAAGCCAACAACCUCAACCUGGUUGGCAGGCCAUCCACACUGCACAGCUGGUUUCCAGGGUAUGCCUGGACUAUCGCUCAGUGCCGGACUUGCGGCUCUCACAUGGGCUGGAAGUUCACUGCCACCAAGAAGGACUUGUCUCCGCCUCGAUUCUGGGGUCUGACCCGCUCUGCAAUGCUUCCCCGCAUCCCCCAGGUUGAGGGCGACGAGGAGGAGGGGAGGGGCAGCUCUCGCCUCUUCUGCCUGUGACGUCAGUCCAUGAAACCCGCCCCCUCCUCAAGUCUGGAUCUUCAGCCACUAUCUAUAGCUGCGAUUACCAUUAGUAAUCAAUGCAUCACUCCUGUCACCCCUGGCAGCAAAUCCAUCAUAUUAGUGAAAAGGUCAGUUGGCCAGGAUGGAGGCGAUGAUUGUUCUUAAAGGUUCUUAAAUGAGAAGGCAGUGGUGAGACGACACUAUGCGCUGUGAUAAAGUGAGACGGAAAUGAAAAGUAACAGAUCGAACAGACUGAUUCUAUACGCUGUGACAUCCCAGCAUGCAGCUCCACUUUUAGCCAUUUUCUUGGUAUUUACAACACAAACACAUACGAACACAAAGGCUAUGCUUAAUGUAUCAUUUCCCCUCUAAUCUCUAUAAUGGAGGGUGUGACUGUCUGUAGUUGAGAUCAUCAUCGACAGGUAAGCUGCGUUAGACAACCUCAGCAAACAGUAAAUCCACUUAGCAGUCAGAUCGCUUUGCGGUUUCUCAGAUGUGUUUUUUGUCAUUUCAGCUGCUGUUGGUCAGCGGAGGAAACUGUUUGAAUGAAAGUGGCCUCAUGUCAGUGUAGAUCGAACACGAUAGGAGGAUAUUUUGAAUAUCGGAAUUAAAUCGGAUGUAUUUUUGUAUGCAAGAAAAUCGGAAACAAAUUUAACGUCCAUCAUUAUUCAUGUGUGGAGAGUUUUAUUUAUUGUCACACCAGUUUUGUGUAAUAAACCAAAACACUGAGGUGAAAAUUAUGAUAGUGUGUAACAUACUUGAUAUAAUUGGUGUGUGUUUUUGUAUUCAAGGUCAUUUUCAUGUCAGAUGAUGUGGGCCAGGAGUCAACGCGUCAUCCUUGUUCGCACAAGUGAAAAUUUAAGACGUCUCCUGGCAGACUGUUUUCUUUUUGUAAAGGUCAGAGCUAAUGAAGACAGAGUGAGACGAGCCUUCUUUAUGUAGUUUGUUCAUUUUGUGUGGCAAAUUAGAAAGCUGUGCCUACGCUCCAGCUCAGUGUCUUCUGACAAAUGUGAUAAAGCAGCGAAACGCAGACGUGAAUGAAAGAUUAAAAAUGGCAAAGUGAUGAUGAGACUUUUGAUUUAAUUUCAUCUUUUUUCAGGUUUGUCUUUGGUUCAUAGUCUCACAGGAUUCAGGAUCUUACUUGGGAUAUUGUCGUAAGGCGCUGGCUCACGUUUGUUUAAGUGUAAAUGUAAAUAAGAGGCAAUUAUAGAAUUUGCUGGGUAAUAUAACUGCUGUUCUACUGUUUGUAGAAACUGACUCUUAUUUCCCAAAUCUCACAUGUUGGACUAAACUCUUGUUGUCAGUAAGCAGAGGACUUGAACUCAAUGAGAAAACACCUGGAAUCUGAAGGUGUUGGUCUGUCUAAUGAAAUGUUUUUUGAAUUUUCCCCAAAGCAACAGUUUGACAUUUUGGUCUCUUACAGAGAAUUAGAUGAGACGAUCGGUACCACUUAUAUAUUUAGGAUAAAUAAAAAAACUUAAGUGGCUCCUUGCUGUAAAGUUAUCAUCUAACUUUCUGUGUCAAAGCAAAUAGUUUUUUUUUUUUUUUUUAAGUCAAACUGUCCUUUAAAGGAAAACAAAUUACAAUGUAUUGGUUUUGUUGAAUCUUUUCAUUGAUCCUUAUAUUCUUGUGGUAGUAGGGAAAUCUGAAAACGUGAGCUUCUUAAGAAAAUACUUCAAUUAAGAAAAAAUUAAGAAAUCUUGUCCAAACAUUUACUUGUAAUUCUCAAGUUUGAUGUCAUAUCACCACAUCAAUAAGAAGAGUUUUCACCAAAAGAGUGAUUCAUAAAAUCUUGUGUAACAUCUCUAUUGGUCAAAUUCUCUUGUCAUAUCACUAGUUCUGUGUUUGCCAGGCUGUCGGACUUUUAUUCAUCCCAACAAUAAAAUGCUUCACUGAAGAAAUCAAUCAGUGGCGUGGUUCCAAAGAAAGCCUCUGCUUGUUUUUCCAUUGCACCCCCUGUACCACAGAAUGAAAUAAACAUCCAGUUAUUAUCCUGUGA